GCGCAAGUGCGCCGUCCACUGCACGCUUUUUGAUAACGCGUGCACGGACGCCGAGUUCCUAGAGUCCGUGGCCACGUACCGACAUGUUUGUGUUGGCGUACAGCGCAAACACACCAUCCUCGUCGCCCACGGUGGCCAGUUUGGAUACACUGGUCCAGAACUGCACCGAUUUAAUUAAUACGAUCAUGUUUACAAACUAUCUGGACGACAGCCUAAACAGCAUCAAGGCGGAUGUCAAGACGGCCGAGCUUAUGCGCAGCGGCAUGCGGUGCACUCAGUCCAAAGUGUUGACCCAGGAGCUCAACAACACAAUGGCGCAGGCGUUUGGUACAUCGUUUGGAUUCAAGCACGGGUUUUUGGUAGAGUGUGCGGCGUAUGAGCAGAUCCGACCUAUUCUGCGCAGCUGUGUGUGGGACGUGCUGGGUGACAUGUUUGCUGUGGACGAGUCCAAUCUCCUAAGCGUUAUGGAUGUGUUUGUGGACCAGUGUAUCCUACACCCCCGAAACAUGUAUACGGGCACCCGGAUCAAGGUGAUGGCGCACCAGAUGUACACGGAACGCCUGGCCAACCCGUCAAUGCCAAUCCGGUGCGAGUACGUACCCACCAAUUCAGACAGCGCCUGUAGACUUGACAGCCAGUAUGUUGCGAUCAACGUUAACAUGGAUGACGAGGACGACGUCUCGGCGCUGGAGAUUAACGUGGAAGCGACCGAGUUGUGUGCAAACAUGUACUUGAGGUACACGGCGCGCGAGUGGAUUGACGAAGACGAUAUUGAUGCUGAAACUGACGGUGUAAGUAUGCUGACGUUCUGCACGGCGGCAGAAACGAGUAUCGUCAAGUUGCGGUAUGCACUCGUCGACAUGCACAUGGCCUACAUUGAACCUUUGGCAAGUGGUGGGGGCACACCCAAGCCUGUAUCCGAAAGCGACGACGUCGAAGUCCACGUACACAACACGAGAUCCAGUACCAAUACCAGUACUAGUACCAAUACCAGAACCAGUGCGACCAAGCGCAGACGAACAACGCGGUCAGGCGUUCAGCGCGAGUCGGACAAAGUACCCGAUCCAGUUGAAGAAACACCAGAACCAGAGGCUGACACGAGUUUGGCGCCUGUGGGACAAGAACUGCCGUUGUUACACACACCACUGCCUCCACUAUUGGAGCUCUAGGUAAUAAAAUACCCAAUGCACG